AUGGGUGGCCCCGAGACCCGUCUUGGCUUCCUGGACUUGCUUCUCAUCGUCUGGUUCAGCGGGACUCACGGCGAUGCUCACUCUCUUUCCUAUAACUUCACCAUUGACCCUCAGCCCAGACCUGGACAGCCGUGGUGUGUGGUUCAAGGCCAGGUGGACAGAGAGCUUUUUCUCUCCUAUGAUUGUGGUCUUGCUAAGAUCAUAUUCACAAGUCUACUAGGAGAAGAAGUGAAAACCAUAAAGGCCUGGAAAAUACAGGUUGAAACGCUCAGAGACAUCAGGGACUGGAUCAAGGACCAGCUGCAUGACUUCACACUGGAGAAACGCAUGGCCAGAGACCCCCUCACCCUGCAGGCCAGGAUGGCAUGUCGCUGUGAGGAUGACAGACACAUCAGUGGAUCCUGGCAGUUUGGCUUGAAUGGACAAAUGAGCCUCCACUUUGAUUCGGAGAAUGGCCACUGGAGAGUGGAUCACCCUGGAGGCAGAUGGAUGAAAGCGAAGUGGGAGAGUGACAAAGCUGUGACUGACUUCUUGAAGAAAGUCUCCAUGGGAGACUGUCGCGCUUGGCUUCAGGCUUUCAUGGUGCGCUGGGAGGAAAUGUUGAAGACCACGGCAUCACCGACCAUGGUCCCGCCUACAGUGCAGACCACAGUCCCGCCUACAGAGCAGCCCAUGGCCCCAGCCAUCAGUCGCAUCACCUGGAUCAUCCCUGGGGUUCUUGCCAUUUUUGUCAUAAUGGGCAUCUUAGCCUGGAUCCUUUACAAAAAGAGGAGGCGGUGUUCCCAGGAAGCCCCUGACAGGUGCUCUGUUGGCCUCAGGACUCAGUCUUUGCUUGGCUGCUUUUCUUCUCCUGUGUUCACUUUAGUGCCAGGAGAGCAGACCUUAGGAAGCCCAAGUCUGUCUACCAGUUAUAAUGACACGGUGGCUGCACCAUAA